AUGGAGAAAAAAGUUUUUAUUUAUAGUUAAUCAAGUAUAUCUAAUGAACUUAAAGAAUUGUACUCAAAAGGAUCAACAUAUAUCAAAGUUUACAUGACAAAUACAUAAGAUCAUUUAUUUAAUCAAAAAUUAAUUAUCAUCAUGAAAGGCAAGAUUGAAACUCUAAAUGAAGCAGAUAACUAUAGUUUUAUUUUGAAAUUUCCAGAGAAUUUUCCAUCUUUUGCUUUACUUAAUACAGAUCACUAAUUCCACUUUAGCAUCCUAUAUAUGUCUAAAUAUGAGAUUAUGUGCAUCAAAAUUCAAUGA